CGAUCCUAGUGAUAAGUUCUAUUUGUUUCUCCUGGUGUGGCUAUCAGCGGCUACCUGGCCUCGCCUGGUCGUGUCUAUCAAAAGUGCGUUUUUCUAGCCAGUGUGUCGAAAAGUACACAUAGUGGCAGUCGCAUAGAAUUCAGCUGACCUGCUACCCCUUUGACAUCUCUGCCAUGGCUGCUGUGAUGGCAAAUCUCCGGACACAGUUCGCCACCGACAAGACCGCAGUCGAGCGAUUUUUCCGUCUGGAUCAGAAGGGCAAAGUUCAGGCGAAAUACGUGUGGAUCGAUGGCACUGGAGAGAACUUACGUGCAAAAACUCGCACGCUUGACUUUGAACCGAAAAGUCCGGAAGACUUACCCAUAUGGAACUUCGAUGGCUCAUCAACUGGUCAAGCUGAAGGAGCUGACUCUGAUGUGUACCUAAAGCCAGUAGCCAUAUUCCCGGAUCCAUUCAGGCUUGGGCCCAACAAACUCGUACUUUGCGAGACUCUAGACAACAAAAAGCAACCUACAGCCACAAACAACCGAAGUCGAUGCGCCGAGAUUAUGGACAAAGCAAAGGAUCAACAUCCAUGGUUUGGUAUGGAGCAGGAGUACACUCUGCUAGAUAUUGACGGUCACCCAUUCGGUUGGCCGAAAAAUGGCUUCCCUGGCCCACAAGGACCAUACUACUGCGGUGUUGGUGCAAAUAAGGUUUACGGCCGUGACAUUGUUGAAGCUCACUAUAGAGCGUGCUUGUAUGCGGGUAUCAACAUCUCUGGAACAAAUGCUGAAGUCAUGCCAGGACAGUGGGAAUUCCAAGUAGGACCGGUAGAGGGUAUUGCCAUGGGUGAUCAACUAUGGAUGGCACGAUUUCUACUGCAUCGAGUAGCUGAAGAGUUCGGUGUGGUCGCAUCGCUCGACCCUAAACCUAUCAAGGGUGACUGGAAUGGUGCCGGUUGUCACACAAACUUUUCCACGACCGCAAUGCGUGCUCCAGGUGGCAUCAAUGAAAUUAUGAAUGCUAUCAACAAACUCUCCCUUGUACAUCCACAACAUAUCGCCUACUACGAUCCACAUGGUGGAAAGGACAACGAACGUCGUUUGACCGGCCUCCACGAAACGGCCAAGAUUGACCAAUUCUCAUACGGUGUGGCCUCUAGAGCUGCUGCGAUUCGUAUUCCACGUCAGUCAGACGACGAAGGCUGUGGCUACUUCGAGGACCGCCGUCCCUCGUCGAACUGCGAUCCGUACAACGUCAUCGGUGCUCUGGUUCGUACCGUGUGCUUGGCUGGAGAUGACAGAAAACUUUCCAUGAUCUAUGUUCCUUCGGCUGUUAACAACGCCGCCCCCACCAAACCCUCCCAUUAGAAAACUCUAGCUCCUUUAUAUUCCCUUCACUGAAGUUAUUCUCAAGUGUGCGCCCUCAGGCUCAUAUCAUAUAGCUCUCAUAAUUUUAGUCAAAUGAUUUGACUUCUUAAAUCACUAAAUGAAAUGUAUCGAUUGGUGCCAUGUCGUAUGUGCUCAUCAACUUUUAUUCAGAAAUUCUUUUGACAUUGUACAGAUUGAUGGAAUAACAAUGUUAAGUUUUUCUGUACGGUAGGUUUCUGGAUGUCUGAUUUCCAGCAAAAAUAAUUGAACGGUCUAAAGUGAAGUAAAUGUUUGUGUUUU